AUUGCGUUCGUUGCCGGCGACGGUCGACUGUGGACUCUGGCUGACUUACUUUCUCCCUUGUGCUGUUGCUCUCCGCUCUCCGUUACCUGCGCCAGCAGUGAGUGUUUGUGUGUAUACCCGAGAGGCCGACCGUCUGCUCUGCUCUCCGCCGCAAAACCGUCUAGUGUGCCAGAGCGUGUACUAUAAAGGCAGAGGCAGGAAGAUAUUCGUCAUUCUUAUCCGAGUGCGUGCGUGUGUAGUGCAGCUUAAUUUCGCGUUUGUUGCAGCCCGAACCACAUCGCUCAGCAAAUAAUUUGACCAUUGAUCGCUCCGUUCCGAGCAUACAGAGAUACUGCCAAACCGAGGCGUUCGGCGUCCCGCCGCGUGCACAACAAACAAGGUGUUCUCCGUUCCUCCGAUUUCCCUAGCCCGUUCAUUCACGUGCGGACCAAAGCGUGUGUGCUUGUGUGUAUUGUUUGUGUCCGGUUUGCAAAAAGAAGUGCGCAAAGCAAAUUUGAGUGAGAGUGUUUUUUCCCUGUGUGUGAGGGAAAGAUCGCAAGAAGAUCGCACCAAGACAACGUAGUGCAAAGAAAGGGAAAAGCAGCUCGAGUGAAGUGAACUCGCCCAUCACCCUGACAUUCGCGGGCUAACGUGCAAAGAGACAACCGAAGCUUCUGUUUGCAAAAUGUGGUCCGGCUUUGCAGCUUGCGUAGCAGAAGCCUGACACGACACGACACGCCGUGUGUAGCUUCUUCCCACCCUACGCAAAAGGGGGAGUUACCAGCACCGCGUUGAAAGGAGCAAAGCGGAGUACGACCAAUCGUACCCGUAGUUGUGUGUGUGUGUGUGUGUGUGUUCGUACCACCCCAUAGAGAGCCACCGAAUUGUCCGGCUUGAUGAAAGCGCACCCGGCGGCACGGGAAGCAACGAGCAACGCUAGACGCCGCGGCCAGUUACACGCACUGCUAGCAACACUUAUGCAUUGUGAUCGGGAAUACGCGUCCGCCACCGAAUCCGCCACCCACUGUCUGCGCUAUCUGCCCAAGGACCCGCGGCUCAGAUCGACGGGAAGACCGCAGGACCCCCGGACGCCCGGAAUAACGACCAUUCGCCGCACCGACAUCGCCUUCGCCACCAUCGCCACCACCACCGCCGCCCGCGCCGCCAGCAGUAGCAGCAGGUUAAAUAAGAGAAGCAAUAAUUGUAGUAGUAGUAGCAGUAGUAGUGGUAGUAGAGACAGUAAAUUGAGCCGGAAUACCCACACCAGCGUGAAGCUGCUUCGUGCUCGUGCUAUUUGUGCCAGCGCCAAAAAGAAUAUCCGUAGUAACAUCCGUUCUAUCGGCGACGACGCCAGUACGUGGCCAGUUUCGUUUGCGUCGAUCGUAGCGAAGUGGGAAGAGGAGGAGCAGAAGAAGGAGCAGGCAGGUGUUAGUAGCAGUGGCACCUUGACCCGCCUUUCGGGACAGCUGUUCGGUCGCGUCGUUUAGUAGUGGUCGAGCACGGUGAUCGAC